AUGAACUACAACACAGGUUCUACAAGCCUGUGUCAACAACUGUGGCCCUGCCUUCCAUUCCGAGAUCGGUAAAUUUCGCUUCUUGAACGAGAUGAUCAAAUUAGUGUCGCCAAAAUAUCUGGGGAACCACACCCACAUCAUGGUGAAGACCAAGGUUGUGGAGCUUCUCUACACCUGGACCAUUGACCUGAAGGCAGAGCCCAAAAUUCUAGAAGCUUAUAACAUGUUAAAGAAACAAGGUGUGGUCAAGGAUGAUCCUCAGUAUAUAGGAGCUCCAACUGUACCCGAGCCCAGAUCUCGAGCAAAUGCAGUUUUUGAAGAUGAAGAAAAGUCAAGGCUUCUGCAGAGACUACUUCAGAGUAAGAACCCAGAAGAUCUCCAUAAAGCUAAUGCUCUUAUUAAAUCCAUGGUGAAGGAAGAUGAGAGAAGAAUGGAACGAACCAGCAGAAGGAUCGUGGAGGGUCUGUGCCGUAGAUCUACUGUUUUACAUUGAGGGUCCAAACCGUAGAUCUACACCAAAAUUCUAGCGGCAUCAAAUUUAGUGCAAGAAGGCUGGUAGGCCUACAUCCAAGAGAACGAGUCUGCGUGGUGUGUGUGCGCUGUAAACAAAAAUUCUAGGUGCCAGCAUGGCAUUGUGGGAACUCCGCCUCAGUAAGCUUUGUUCACCAUGCCUCGCCGCAAGGCAGCUCUCACUCCGAGGCGAAUUGGGACUCUCCUCUUCCUAACUGAUAGUUCUGACUCUGAUGGAAGUGGAAAAAAAGAAGAAUUCUAUGGGUUUGAUUGAUUAGUGACUGAAAGCAAUGACCAGGAUAUCGAAAAUAGUGCAGAAGAUUCUGACAAUUCUCAACCUUCUACCCCUGGUGUGGGCACGCCUCAAUCACGUUCAAUUGUACCUCGUCACAAGAGAAAACUAAUAUUUUUGCAUGGCCAGGCCUCAGACUUCAGUAAUGAUGAUGAUAGUGAUGUGGACUGUGAUUUUAUUGCUCUUGAUGAUCAUUCGAGUAGUGAUAGUGAUGAAUCAUAUUCACCAGUGAAGCGUCGGUAUAUACUCCGCUACUUGUGCUCGGAUAGUGUUCCCUAUGCAGUGCCCAGGGGACGGAGUACAUCCCGGAAUACAUCCCGUGGCCCUACACCAGGAAUAGACAGUGAAAGUGAGGAUGAUGUGGCUACACUUGGUAUGGAUAUACCACAGGCAUCAGUAGGUGGAGGUAUUGGUGGUGGUAGUGCCACGGCCAUGCAUGACUCGCCAGCCCAGGCUGGGACCCCAUGCCGCUGACUCCUCAGCUCAAGGACAAAGCGGAGCGUCAUCCACCAC